UACCAGCGAAGUGCUAGUGCCUAAAAGAAUGAUUGCACGUGAAGUUUCACUAAACAAGGGGGUCGCUGUUUCUUAUACUUGAUAAUUUCAACUUAAAAGUAUAUUUGUAUGUUGAGAAGUACUUUCAAACAGAGUAGGACAUCUAUCUCGACGAAUUACUGUCUUUUUACAUGAGAAUAAUCUUGAGAAGGAGAGAAUUGCAACCUAAAUAUCACCAGUCUAGCAGCCGGUAGUGUUCUCGGUCUGUUUCCGAACUAUACGCGGGAAAGGAAGCAGUUUCAAAUGGCAGGCGCCGACGGUGACGGGGUUGGUUCGGUGGCCGACCUGCUGGCUAAGACAGCAGUCAAACAGAUCAAUGAAGUCUCGUUUGCUGAUAAAGGCCUGAAACUCAACAAAGCGGAAGAUGCCAAAGAUAUAGUGCAAGCUAUUGAAGACUGCAAGGACAUGCAGUCUCUGAGGCUCGAAGGAAACACAGUGGGAAGUGAGGCAGCUGAAGCGAUAGCAAAGGCUCUUGCAAAAAGACCAGAGUUUGAGCGAGCAAAAUGGGCCGACAUGUUCACAGGAAGACUUCGCUCUGAAAUCCCUCCUGCUUUGAGGCAUCUAGGAGCAGCAAUCAUGACGGCAGGUGCCCACCUGGUAGAGAUUGAUCUCAGCGACAACGCCUUCGGCCCAGAUGGUGUCAAAGCUGUCCAGGAGUUGAUUGAGAGCAAGGCCUGUUAUACCAUCAAGGAGCUUAGGUUUAACAACAACGGGCUGGGAAUUGGUGGGAAGCUGCUAGCGGAGUCUCUCAUCAGAUGUCACAAGAGCAGCUUGGCUACAGGCAGGCCGUUAGCCCUGACGGUGUUUGUAGCAGGACGCAACAGACUGGAGAACCCCGGGGCCAUAGCGCUGGGCGAAGCCUUCAAGACGAUAGGAACGUUGGAGGAGGUGGCAAUGCCACAGAAUGGUAUCAAUCAUGACGGAAUAACGGCCCUGGCAGAAUCCUUCACACACAAUAAGAGCCUCAGGAGUAUCAAUCUUCAAGACAACACGUUUACAGAAAAAGGUGCAAUUUCGAUGGCAAAGGCUCUCAAGGAUCUGGAGAAAUUGGAGUCUGUCAACUUCGGUGACUGUCUGGUCAGGACAGGCGGUGCUGCGGCCCUCGCUGAUACCUUCCAUCACAGUCUGCCAAACUUACGGGAGCUGAAUCUCAGCUAUGGAGAGAUUCAUAGGGAAUCCGGCAUCAAACUUGCUGAGAGUAUGGAAAAGAAGGACGCGCUUAGAGUGCUGGAGCUAAAUGGAAACAGUUUUGGCGAGGAAGGGGUGGAGUUGGUCCGCGCUGUCCUAGAAGCCAACGGUCAUUUGGACGCCCUCGGCUCACUCAGUGAUGAUGAGGGCGACGACAGCGAUGACGAUUACGAAGACGUCGAUGACGACGAAGACACUGAAGAUGCAGAGGAAGAGCAAGAGGAGGGUGACGAUGGGGAGGAAAGCCAGGACCCUGAGCUUCAGGUCCAAGGAGUAAAAGCUGUCAUCUCACCAAGACCGGAGGACAACAAGGAAAAUGUGGUACCAGCUACUGCUGCUGAGUUCCUGUGUUUUCCAAGUGCAAACAAGCUGUUGGGGAUCGGUGAGGACAGAGGGAACCUCAUCCUGAAGGAACUUGGGAAUGACACUGGAGAUUUGGAGAAGGUCGUCCAGGUUUUUGUCAAAGUGGCUUCUGUAAUGGACAGCAAACGGGAGGCAGUGAUGCAAGCUGUCUAUGAGGCAACAGACGUCAUCCUUCGACACCUGUUCAACGGUGACAAGUGUAAUCCUGAAGCAGUUGCUAACAGCAUUCUGGUGCAUUUGGGACUCAUCAAGAGUGAAGACAAGAUCAAGCCCAUGCGUGACCCCAGUGGAUUGCUGCUGGCCAUGGCACAUGUGGUCAAACAGGACUAUUUCCCCAGCCACUUGGCACAGUUUUUCCUCAUUUUUCUCACCAAGGGUCACCCAGUGAUUGACCUGUGCAUACAACCCAAGCAUCAAUUCCUUCAAGCACUCUUCACAAUCUGAAUACUCAAAAUGCCCGACGGAGCGUUUUAAACAACACUAGGAUAAUCUUGUAAGCCAUCCAUUUCUGUGGAUUCAGAAAUCAGGCAAUUUGACUUCCCAAAAAUUUCUUGUAGCAUGUGUGAUACAGCAUGUGUGUGCGCAUAUGCGAUCGAGAUGCAGCACGCGACCGAGAUGCAGCACGCGACCAAAGUAAAAUUUCAGACUGGCUUCAAUGAGAUUUCAUGUGGGCCGGAGCCAGCUGUCAGGGAUUCAUGGCGCGCGCGCAUUGUUCUACAUGUUCUAUUCGUUGUUCUAUGCGCGGACACGGCAUAUCACACGUGUAGACAAUCAGUUCCGUGCAUUUUGUACACAAGCUCCAGUGAGUCGUUUAUCCUUGGGUAGAGGAUCCGUGAUUGAACUGAACUCUGCACCGAGAAUGUUAAUGUCUGGUCCUACGUGAUGUUCAGAAAGUCAUGGGUAUAAAUCUAGAGUAGCCCUUGCCUUGGCUGCUCUCUCCGACUCUCAAAAAUCCAUUGGAUGUAUGUUAUAUAUGAACCAGCAUGCACCGAAAGUAGCCUCUGCUGAAAACUUCCGAAACUAAACGGAGCCGUAUAAUCAUCCAGAAUUUCCACAGGACGAGUAAAAAAAAAACAGAAACCCAAAUGUCGGGACUAUUGUUAUAGUGAAGUUCUGCAUGUAGCACUUUCAAAAUCUAGGAUAUGAAAGCCCAAUGCAUCAGCUUUCUUUAAGUACAGUAAUCAUUCAAAUCACUCAUGUACUU